AUGCCCAAGCUCUUUCCCAAGACAGACUCUCGUGCGACAACAACCCCCACCCGCCGCAAACGUCUCUUUCUCAGCUAUGCCCCAGAUUGGGCACUCACCAUCCUCUUAUGGGGCCUUUUCUACCUCCUCGACAAGAUCGACGGAUACAGACGUCUUUUCGAUGUGACAGACACUUCCCUAGCGCAUCCUUAUGCAGACCCGGAGAGAGUACCCGUAUGGCUUGUGGGCGUGCUUUGUGGGGGUGUACCUGCUAUUUUAAUCAUCCUUGUCGCUGCGUUUGAGAGGAGGUCGUUCUGGGAUGGGCAUAAUGGGAUACUGGGCCUGAUACUCGGCUUGGGUCUGACGGUGACCUUUACAAACAUCCUCAAAAUCACAGCAGGCCGUCCCCGCCCCGACCUUUUCGCCCGAUGCAUCCUCCCCCCUACCCUCACUUCCAACCCCACCCACUCCCUCACCUCUUGGACCGCCUGCACCACGACCGAUAAGGACCGGCUGCAAGAAGGGUUCAGGAGUUUUCCGAGUGGGCAUAGUAGUUUUGCGUGGUGUGGGAUGUGGUAUUUGAUCUUGUAUCUUGCUGCUAAAAUGUGCAUAAACAACCGCCAAGGCUUCACCUACAAAUCCUGGCUUCUCCUCGCCCCCCUCUCCUGCGCCUCCCUCAUCACCGUCUCCCGCACCAUGGACUAUCGCCACCACCCCACCGACGUCAUUGCCGGCUCCUUGAUCGGGGUUGCGGGCGGGUGGUAUAGUUAUCGGCAGUAUUAUCCUUCGUUAUCGCAUCCUCAGGCAUACAAACCACACUCUCCCCGAAUUCCGCGAGACGAACCCUCCCCCUCCCCCUCCCUACCCCUCCACCACCCCCACCCCCACCCUUCCUCCCCUUCCUCCCGUCCAGGUCCAGGAAGAGACAGCCAAGAAGUCAUGCUCAAACCCCUGCCUCCCCAGCAUCUCAACGGGAACGGGAACGGGAACGGGAACGGGAACGGGAACGGACAAGACUCUUCAUUCGUAUUCGGGGGCCAGCCUGGGUUUGGGGCGCCGUACCAAGUGUCAGGGGGAGGGUCAGGGUCAGGGGGAGGGGAAGGGGGGCAUCAUCAGUCGAGUAUGGGUACGGAGAUGACUAGUUCCAGCGGGGGUAUCAGCCAGGAGCAGGGGCAGGAGCAGGGGCAGCAGGUGGUGAGGGAGGCGGAUCUGGGGGCGCGGGGGGAGAUGGAUCUGGUUGGGAGGUACAAGUAG